AUGGUCUGCCAACUAAAACGUGGGUACACCCCCCCCCCCCCCCCAGCGUCCGUUGACACGUUAGACCGGCCCUCGUCAAAGGCGGGGUCGGCCUACUCCGCAGUCUCCGCAAGCACGGCGGCAGGCCGGACGGAUGCCACCUCCACCCCGAAGACGGCCAAAAGAAGGGGCUUCGGUAGCGGCCCCGUGGGCAUCGCGGUGGCCACCCUGGCGUGGUACGGGCUUACCGUGGUCUACAGCGUGUACAACACGGCGGUCUUGCAGGUGUUCCCGUUCCCGCUCACGGUGCUCACGGCGGAGCUCGGGGCCGGGGUGUUGCUGAUACUGCCGGCGUGGACGCUUGGCGUCAUCCGUACGCCCAACCUCCGGAUGUCUCAGAUGCCCAUCUUGUUCUACGUGUCGCUCUGGCAUAGCGUCUCCAAUCUUGCCACCGGGUGGGCGUUGCAGUCCUCUUCUCUGGCCAUGGUCACCGCUAUCCAGGCAUUGGAGCCGCUAGCCUCGGCUCUGGUAGACCUCUUCGUGGCCGGAAAACGGUCGCACCCCAUCGUCAACGCCGCAAUGGUCCCCAUCAUCACAGGCGUCGCUCUGGUGUCGAGAGACGCGUCCAUUACUCGGGGUGGCUUGUUUUUCGCGGUGGCGUCCAGCGUGUGCGUGGGCGUGCGCGACUUCUACUCCAAACGCGCCAGCAGACAGAGGGAGUUCCAUAAGAGGCCACUGUCUGCCGCCAACACGUACGCGGUGGUCACGGUGAUGUCCUUUGCGACGGUGGUGCCCUACGCUUUGAUCGUCGACGGCCCCCACGCUCUGCGAUGGUGGGCCACCGCGGGAGGCGGUGUCGCGGGAGGGGCACGGGCUGUAGCUUCGGCGGUGAGGGAAGGAGUAGGAGCAGGAGACGCGGGAGGCGAUGAUGAUGACGUGGCCACGAGCUUGGCGUGGCUCGCCCUUUACUUGGGCUUCAGCGGGGUUCUGCUCUUCCUACACAGCGCAGCGGCGUUCAAGGUGCUCGAAAAGAUGGGCUCCGUCACGACAUUUUCGGUGGCGAACUCGGUGAAGCGGGGGAUGGUUAUUUUCUUCGGGGCGGUCGCGAUGGGUACCCCUAUUGGCUUCGUCUCCGGGUUUGGGGCAGCCGUGGCGGUGUUGGGGACUGCCGCGUAUUGGGUGGCUCGACUUUACUUCCCGCCGAGACGCAGGGCUACGGGCGUGUCUGCAGAAAAGCAAGACUAGGCGUCCAUAGCUGGAUUGUACAAGCUCCUGUUUGUUUCUUUUUGUUCUACCUACGUGUGGGGUGUGUAGCAAGCAGCAAGCAAGCAAGGCGACGUCUGUCAGGGGAUUCACAGGGGAGGUUCGCGAAGCAUUUUUUUUUUUUCCGUCUUUUUUACUGUUGGAAGGAAGCAGACGUGUAGAGAGGCUGGUAGGCAGGGGCGUCAUUGUGGCAUGAUUUACAGAUGUAGACUACAUGGGCUUGGUUUAUUUCGAUUCUAAAACUAAUUUGUUAUGACCGGGUUUGUUAUUGUUUGGGAUGGGCGUCGUAUCUAGUUUCACCCUAUUGUUGGUCUGGGAGUAGUUUCACGGUUUGGGCUCAUGUUGAAAACCAUUUACCACCGGGUGCAGGAUACUUGCAUGUGUGCGGAGGUGUUGACUGCAGUAUGUUGAUGUGCUAUGUCGUGUCGUGUUUGAUACCGGUACUGUCGCCUCUUAAGAGUGAGGUGGCAUGCGCGUGGACACCGGAAGGGACAGAGGUGCACCAAGUCGCUCUUGACACGCAUCUCUGUUGCUCGUCCCUGGUACUCUAUGUGGCGUCCCGUCAAACUGCUGUGUUCUUGCGGUUUACCACCAAGUUUACCACCAACCGAAGCCGUGGACGGUGGCCCCAUCCCUCGCUGUUGGCGCCAGGGUCGAGAAGGCACCUUUAGACGGCCUAUUGUUGCGCUGUUUUAGCUUUGCGCGGUGUUUUUAUGGU